AUGGGAACUGAUGAUGGCUCACUGUUCUUUUGCAGGAAGGAUGCAAACGCGGCGCUGCUCAGUAAUUAUGAGGUGUACCAGUUACUGACGGAUCUCAAAGAGCAGCGGAAGGAGAGCGGGAAGAACAAACACAGCGCCGGGCAGCAGAACUUGAACGCCAUCACCUACGAGACAUUAAAAUACAUAUCAAAAACACCAUGCAGGAACCAGAGCCCUGCGAUUGUCCAAGAGUUCCUCACAGCAAUGAAAAGCCACAAGCUGACCAAAGCUGAGAAGCUUCAACUGCUGAACCACAGGCCAAUGACAGCUGUGGAGAUCCAGCUGAUGGUAGAAGAGAGUGAAGAGCGGCUCACGGAGGAGCAGAUCGAAGCGCUCCUGCAUACCGUCACCAGCAUUCUGCCUGCAGGGCCAGAGGACGAACAGAACAGAAGCACCAGCAACGAUGUGGCGAUGGAAGAGGAGGACCCAGCAUAG